AUGAACGCCCUCCUCCGCAAAGCCCAAGCCUUCAUCGCUUUCGAGGAAGGCGAAGCAGCUGCGAUCAAAUCUUCGAGGGGCAAUGAUGUUGCUCGCAGCUCGAACCUCGAUGACUCGGCUUUGCGUCGAGGACAUGAAAAGAGGAAAGAUGAUAGGUCUCGCGACUCCAAAGAACGCCGAGGACCAGCCGGUCGAUUCAACGACUAUACUCCCCUGAACGCCUCCCGCGAGAAAAUCCUGGUCGAGUGCAAAAGCACUGAAUUCAAGAACUCUAGCAUCCGGCCCCCGAAGUCAAACCCCACCCGACCGGGGACCGACAAAUCUAAAUACUGCAAGUACCACAAGAGUCAUGGGCAUCUAACUGACGAAUGCGUGCAUCUCAAAGACGCCAUCGAGACUCUGAUUAAAGAGGGUCGCCUAUCCAAAUACACGAAGAAGGGAGAACCUCCCCAAAGAGAAGCCCCUCGGAACUCUGACGAGGGAAACUCGCCAGAUAGUAGACCACUACAAGUAGCGCUGUCUGUCACCCGACCAGAAGACUUCAUUCCUUCAGUCGGAGUGACGACCGCCUUCAGCACGUGGGAAGGGUUCCCGACCGCGAUGGUCAUAUCCAACGGCGGGGACUCCGGUUCCCUAACCAUCAGCUCGGUGAAGAGGAAGUUCGAUGAGUUGAUCAGCGCCAACUCGGAUCUCGGCCCUACCCUACAAAAAUUCAAAGGGAAGUCAGACCCGAUCACUUUCUACUUGGAAGAACUUCCCGGCGGAGCCCCGAACGCCACGAUCCCCCUACUCGUCCGAGCAAGGAUGGCAAACUUUGACGUCCGACGAGUCCUGGUCGACGAAGGGAGAUCGGUCGACAUCAUAUACUCCCACCUUUUCCAGACCCUCCAGCUAGACGACUCGCACCUCACUCCUUAUGUGGGAUCCGACCUCCAGGGUUUCAACGGGGCAACCACCAAACCUUGGGGUUACGCCGAGCUGAUCGUCACCUUCGGGGAAGGGGAAGCCUCCAGACAGGUCAAGACGGGAUUCUUGGUGAUUGACUGCAAGACCCUUUAUAACUGCAUCAUCGGGCGCCCUACUCUGGCCGAACUCACUGCCGUCCCCUCAACCGUGCAUUUGAAGAUGAAAUUCUACACAAAAAGAGGACGAGUAGCCACCAUCAACGCCGACAUCGAAGCCGCCAGAAGGAUCUUCGACGCCUCUGUAAAGGGGUUGCAAUUAAUCGCCCCUCCAUCCAGCUCCAACAAGAAGCCAAGGGCCGAAGACAAACAUCCUCAGGACGAUCAGCAUCAGCCGACCAACGUCAGUUCACGGAAGAAGACACGCGACCAAAGACAGCUCACCCCGUCCGUCCUGUCCCUGACGGGGACUUCGAGCUCGUCCCACUGGGCGACAACCCCGACAAAGCGGUGA